AUGCCACGACAAGCCAUCGCAGAAGCUAAGCUACGAAAACUGCUCGAAUUAAAUGAAAAAUUAAAAGAGCAAUUAGAAAUAUCUCGUAUACCUAUAUCAGAAGCAAGUCGAUCUUUAAUUGAAUACUGCCAAACAAAUCAAGACAUGAUGGUACCGUCUGUUUGGGGAAAUCGGAAUCCUGAUCCUUUCGCAGAACCUACAGCCGGCUGUGGAUGUACAAUCAUGUAG